AUGCAGUCUAUCGCGUUCUUCGGCGCCACCGGCGGUUGCACCCUCGCCUGUCUCAUUCCCUCCCUUGAAGCUGGUCAUCGCUGUUCCGCCCUGGUUCGCUCCCCUCAAAAACUCAAAGAUCUCCUCCCAGCUACACUCGCCUCCGCCGCCAAUCUGCGCAUCAUCCAGGGUUCCAUCGCCGAUGCCCCCGCUGUACAAGACACCCUGUCGACCCCCGAGGGAUACCUCGUCGACCUGAUCGUCUGCGGCAUCGGCGGCCAGAUUCGUUUCGAUAAUCCCCUGCGUCCGACACUAGAUAACCCGCAUAUCUGCCAGGAGGCGAUGCGCGCCAUCCUCGAUGCCACUCGCACCGUCGGCGCACGCACCGCUACGCCCUCGGACCGGAAACCCCAUCUCGUGGUCGUCAGUACCACCGGUAUCAGUCGCACGCGCGACAUCCCCCUGGCCAUGAUCCCACUGUAUCACUGGCUCUUGAAGGUGCCGCACGAGGACAAGAAGGUCAUGGAGACCCUGGUUCGACAAGAGACGGAGAAGGACGACCCCGACCGCGCCAUCAGCGAUUAUACCAUCGUGCGACCCAGUCUGCUGACGGAUGGCGAGCAGCAGGGCGUAGAGAAAUUGCGCGUCGGCGAUGACAGUCAUCCGGCAGUGGGAUAUGUAAUCAGUAGGGCGGAUGUCGGAGGGUGGAUGUUUGCGAGUCUCGUGCAGGAGAGACGCUAUCGGGGGGUUGUGAGCUUGACCAGUUGA